CGAGCAACGGCUUCCUGGCGCAGAAGGGCGGCACGGCCGCCAGGGCCGAGGCCGAGAAGGCCAAGAAGGUCGUCUUCGCCGCCAUCUGGAGGAUCCUGUUGCCCUUCGGGCUCAUCUACGCCAUCUACGGCAUCGUGCCCGUGCGGCUGGCCCGGCCGUGUGAGUCAUGGAGCACACUGGUAGAAUCGAAGCGCACUUUGAAGCCUUUCCUGUCCACCGUCGGUUUUGUCUCUCUUCUCUCGCACUCGCGGCGCGCUGCUAGGUUGGGGAAGAAAAGUGCUGGGUAAGAAAAGUGCCACCUAGAGCUGGUACCUUGACUUUGAACCAUACCUCCACCAGUCAUUUCAACUUAACUCGAAAAUCUGAAUGUGGAGUCCUAAAUGGACGUCGUGGUCUGUGCAGUGGGGCCGCAAAGAAGGUCUACAUUUCUUACCCUGUACUUUUCUUCCCCAACCUAGUGACGAAGUGACGAAGCCUGGUUCGGCAACUUGUUCGUAGUGACGGUGUCGGCGCACCCGUGGCGCUCCACGCUGCUCUACGUGUUGGCCAUGCAGGUGCUGGUGGCCCUGUCGGCGCACUCCGUGUACGCCACGUACCGCGACCUGCUCCGCUCCGAGGCCGAGACCGCCGCCGGCGUGGACGAGCGGCUGCUGGCGGCGCAGUCCGUGCUGCACGUGUCCUCGCACUUCAUCCUGGUCCUCGUCUGGGCCGAGGCGCCCAAGCUGCGGGCCUGCAACGCGCACGUCCACGAGUUCAUGGAGCGGCACGGCCACAUGGUGACGGACUUCCGACUGCGCGCCGUGACCCGCGCGCUGCCCUGGGCCACGGUGGUGUUCUCCUUCGCCGUGGCGCCCACCAUGGUCGGCGUGUGGUGCAUGGUCAUCCUGAAGAGCGAGACGCGCUACAAGCACAUCCUGUCGCACCUCUUCCAGAUCGUCUUCGUCACCAACUCCUUCUGCUCGUUCGUCGUGUGCUGCAUGAUCCUGCACGACCUGGCGUCCUGCCUGGCGGGCAAGCUGACUCGAGAGCUGUCCUCGGGGCGGAUGACGGCGUCGCGUCUGGAGGAGUUCCGCCUGGCGUGGCUCAGCCUGCGGCACCUGGUCGGCGACCUGGGCGCCAUGCCCGUCACGGGGCUGGCCAUGCUGGGCUACCUGCUCGUCAUGAUCACGCUGUCCGGCUACCAGACCGUCGUGUCCUACGCCAACGACUACGCCAUCCUGUUCGCCUCCAGCCUCACCCUGCUCACGCUCUGCCAGAGCUCCCUCAUCAUCCUCUGCGACGGCGCGCACGGCCUCGCCGACGUCAUGACUUCCCGGUUCUACGAACCCCUCGAGGCCCGAAGCUGGCGCGGACUCUCCAACGGCCUCCUUGCCGAAAUCAUGGCGGCCAUCACCACCUACCUGAUCGUGCUGUUCCAACUGAGGCUGUCCGACGAGGACCUGCCGGGCGGCAAGGCCAACGCCACCGACAGCCCCCUGCUGCUGGCCUCGCACUGAACAGGCUUCGAGUGCAGCGUCAGCAAUGCCUCCCCGUCGUGCAUUCGGGACGCAUCGCACAUAAGGUGCGACGUAGUGACCCUCUCCCGUGACAAAGUGAAUAGUGUCUGAUGUUGAAGACGAUCUGACUGUGAACCUCGUGGCCUUCCCCUCGGCCUUCCUCUAUUCAUAAGUGAAAGCCUGUUUUUAUUUAAAAUUGUAAAUUAAAGUGUCGUUUAUAAGUGA